UCGGCGCUCAACGCCACCGGCAUCGACAACGCGCUCGACGCGCUCGACAUCACAGCCUCGAACCAGGACAAGCUGGACCGCCACCCGGAGCGCCGCUUCAAGGCGGCGUAUGCCGCGUACGAGGAGCGCCGGCUCGAGGAGAUGAAGGACGAGAAGGGCCUGCGGCGGAACCAGAAGGUCGAGCAGAUCCGCAAGGAGUUUGAGAAGCACCCGGACAAUCCGUUCAACCAGGUCAACGCGAGCUACAACGCUACGCGAGAGGACGUGGCGGCGAUCAGGGACAAUGUCAAGGAAGGAAAGGAGAAGAGGCUCGCU